AAAUCACAUAUGCAAGCAGUAGACCUGAAGUUGUUAGGGCUUCAGAAGGGUUUGUUUGUGAAUAUUUUAAAGUACUGCAGUACCAAAGCAAUUGGUGGCAUAAUUUUCCUCUUCUAUUAUUGUUCUGAUUUCAAUGUACUUUAAUAUGGUUAUUUAAAAGACAACGGAGUUUAGCUAAUUUUCAUUUUGCUGUUGUCACAUAUGCUAGCAGUGACUUAAGAUAAAUUCUCAUCCCGUUUCUCAGCAAAUAUUUAUUAAGCUACCUACAGCUCUCCUACAUUUUAUUGAAUAUGGUACGUAUUAGAGUGCUUUGAAAGACUAAGUAGCUAUAACAACUUAAAAAUAAAUCAAGCCCAUCAUGUGCCUGGAUGCUUAAAAAAACCUGGAAACUUUAAAAAAAAAAUCUUAAUUGCACUUUUUAUUAGCACUUGCAGAUUGUUGAUAGUCUUUUUGUUAGCAGGUACAAUGGAACAAACAUCAAAAAAUUGAAUAUUUUCUUAAACAGUUCAGGCAAAAGUAUCCAGCCUGUUCAGGUAAUUCACCAGUUACUUGCACAUUCUGCUGCAGAACAAUUUGGUGUCCUAUAUUAAGUGAUGUGUGUUUUUCUGAUUUGUAUAUUGUUAGAAAUAUUAAAAAAUUCUCCAGAUCCCAUACUCUCUAAAAUAAAAGUGCUGUUUUUCCUAGUUGGUAUGUUGUUUGAAUACCCAUUCUAGUUAAGUGUUGCAAACCUAGGCCCAUAGCAAAGAGUUUUGAAAGAGGUCUGAUCCCAAAGGCAGUUUUGCUGGGUUUUGACUUGCUUGCUCCUCUCAAAGUUUUGUUCUGAAUGUGCUUUGAUAUUCCUAGAGACUCAUUGCUGCGCAUGUCAGACUUUUGUUUCCAUAUCCGUAUCUGUACAGCAAACUUUUUAUUACUAAAGCAGUUAAGUGCUCUGCAGAGAGGCAGUCUAAAUUGCCCUUUGAAUGUACUGUCAAAAAAUAAACUGAAUGGUCCCUGAAAACAAGCUCUUCAUUGUGAUUUAAAAAAAAAUCUGUUUUGAGCUUUUCAUUCUUACCUCAAAGUCUUAUAAAAGUUAAAAUACCUGAUUUUGCAAAGACCUGUUUGAAAAUAUGAAUAUUAAUGGUGACUGUCAAUCAGUGUGAAGUCUAUUGCAUGUCUAGAUAUUUUUGAGGAUUACUGUGUUUUAAUUUCCCUUUAAAAAUUAACAGUGAAUAAAAUAAACAUUUUAAGAGGAAAUAGCUCAUAUUUUGCCUUGAACACAUAAGAAGCCAGACUGACUAAACUGGAAAAUAAAAUCUCAACUGCCAUAAGACCACCAAAAAUAUUUAUCAUUGCAAAAUAUACUUAUCUUAAAUGUGAUGGUACAGGCAGUUUUCUACUUGAAAAAGAUGCCGUGAUAAUGAACAGAAAAUCUGAAAAGCCUAAUGAAAAGGGACAGCAUGGUUUUACACAGUCUGGCGGAAGGACAGCACUGGCCUGAGAUUAGGGGAUUGAGCAGAAAGCUGGCAUGCAGAAUUGCAGUUUUUAUAUAAUGGCUUUAGUAAAUAUCCUUUAGGACCCAGUGGAAAUGUUUGGCGAGGCAAACUUCAUGGGUAAUGGCCAAUCAUUAAGCGAUGAUCAGGGGAAAGCUUUGAGUGAGAAGCUUGAAAGCCUGUCUAAAGUACUAAAUCAGAAAAGCAGCAUUCCUGCCAAUGAUCACCGACAAACACGCGACCCUGGAAUUAGAGUUGAUUCAAUGUUUAAACCGGGGGGUACUUGUACUACAGGAGGUGACUGGAGUGCAGAGUGUCUAACUGCUAUUUCCUACGAGAUGCCUUAUUUUGCAAAACUCUUUUUAUUGAUUUUGUAUUUGGUGGUUCUUGUGGAAAGCAGAAAGCACAGAAGAAGGAGGUGGACAAGCCAGUUGGAAGUGCAGAAGGCAAGUCACAUCUAUAAGAAGAAUCAUGACGUGACCAAAACUCAGAAAGGAAAGACGGAGCAGCUUCUCAGAGUUGAUGACCAUGAUUUCACCAUGAGGCCGGCUUUUGGAGGCCCUGCAAUUCCUGUUGGGGUGGAUGUGCAGGUUGAAAGCUUGGACAGUAUUUCUGAGGUUGAUAUGGAUUUUACUAUGACUUUGUACUUAAGGCACUACUGGAAGGAUGAGCGCCUCUCAUUCCCCAGCACCACCAACAAGAGCAUGACCUUCGAUGGCAGGCUCGUGAAGAAGAUCUGGGUACCCGAUGUCUUCUUCGUGCACUCCAAAAGGUCGUUCAUUCAUGACACGACCACGGACAACAUCAUGCUGCGAGUGUUCCCCGACGGUCACGUACUCUACAGCAUGAGGAUCACAGUGACAGCAAUGUGCAACAUGGACUUCAGUCGCUUCCCCCUGGACACUCAGACGUGUUCUCUGGAGCUGGAAAGCUAUGCUUACACCGAUGAAGAUUUGAUGCUUUACUGGAAAAACGGGAAUGAAUCUCUGAAAACUGAUGAGAAGAUUUCUUUGUCUCAGUUUUUGAUACAAAAAUUCCAUACUACAUCAAGACUGGCUUUCUACAGUAGCACAGGUUGGUACAAUCGCCUGUACAUAAACUUCACCUUGCGCCGACACAUCUUCUUCUUCUUGCUCCAGACCUACUUCCCUGCCACUCUGAUGGUCAUGUUGUCCUGGGUGUCUUUCUGGAUUGACCGCAGAGCAGUACCUGCCAGAGUUUCUUUGGGGAUAACCACUGUGCUGACCAUGUCUACAAUCAUCACAGGAGUGAACGCCUCCAUGCCCCGUGUUUCCUACAUCAAAGCAGUGGACAUUUACCUAUGGGUCAGUUUUGUGUUUGUCUUCCUCUCGGUGCUGGAAUACGCAGCAGUGAAUUAUCUGACUACAGUGCAAGAACGGAAGGAGAGGAAAAUCUGGGAGAGGUUUCCAUGUACGUGUGGGAUCCCUCAUUCGAAAACUAUGAUGCUGGAUGGAAACUACAGUGAAUCUGAUGCCAACAGCCUGGCAGGUUAUACGAGAAGCCAGAUGGUCCCAGAGGAAGAAAAACAAGAAAAGAUGGUCGUGCACUUGACUAUGAGCAAUGAAUCUAAUUCAUCAAGGAAGAGAGGCCUGAAGGGCCAUGUGGGCCUGCGCAUCAUCCAGAACACUCACGCAAUUGAUAAAUACUCAAGAUUAAUAUUUCCAGGCACCUACAUAUUUUUUAAUUUGAUAUAUUGGUCUGUGUUUAGCUAGGUAUACUGUGCCAGCAGUGACUGAAGCAGAAAACAUUUACAAAACUCUCUUUUGUUGGUUCUUUUGAAACCCAGUUUGGAUGGAAAGCUAGAUAACUGAUUAUUUUGCUACUUCUUUGAAGGGUAGAGAGACACAGCCUCCAGUAGGCAACUCCAUGCACAGGUACCAUGGAGAAACCUGCCACGAUGGUUGCUGUCCAACCCCCACCCCAGCUCCAGUUCACUUUAUGAUACGUACUGUUUCUCAUACUUGAAAAUAUGCAGUCACCAUUUGCCCCAAAAGUGCUGGACAUACUUUUGGAGCUGGCAACACUGCUGGUGCUUGCUGUGCAAUGGAAAAUUACAGAUAAUGCUCACCUGGGCUGUCCUGAUAGAUUAGACUUGGUUUAUGAACAUUGUAUGUCUUUCCAUUGGCUUAUGAACAAUACCUCUUUGCAGCAUGCAAAUUCCACUCUCUGGACAGGACUUGCAUUGAUGCCAAUAGGACUAUUGCCUGGACAGGAUCAAUGGGGUUGAUUACGGAGUGCAGGCGACAUAUUUGAGUCUGUGGUCCUUUUUUUCCAAAGCAGAGAAGUCCAUGAACUUGCAGAGAAUGGCUUCCAGGGCUCAUGGAUAAUCAAAAAAGGAAGUUUGGGCAGGUUUAGUUAGUGUUCACCCUUUGAGUGGAGCACAGUGUGCGAUAUGUAGCACCUGCCCUCUAAAAUGGGAGGGGAAACUGGUGUGCGGCAUGCAGUUAUUGCAGGGGAAUGGGCAGUGUCUCUGGGACCAUCACUUUCUCGCUCCGUAGCUGAAAGCAGAAACCAGCGUUGAGGGCAGCACUGGCAGCUUUCAAGAACUUUCCUCAUCCUUAUGAGGAAAGUGCAGCUCACAGAGAAACUGUAUAUCCUGACAUGCCUCUCCAAAUAUACACAUUGUCCUUCAGUUUAGGCAUUUGGAUCAAGAGGGGGAGAUGCCUGCCAGAACCUUUCUCUGCAGAAGUAUAGGCAUUUCAGAAAUGAAAGUAGUCAAAAAUAAUACUAUGGGAUUCAAUCAAGCACAAGCCUCUGGCUCCAAGGCCAAAAUAAGUCCUGUGAAGCUGCUGGAGAAUAUUGUAGCAAGCUUCUGUGCUUGGCAUUUCAUUCUCCACCCCGUGAUAUCUCCCCUUCCUUUGCUAAUGAUGCUGGCAGCAAGACACAAACGUUCCUGUGUGCUAGCAGUAAGACAGUGAUGGCUGGGUUUGUGUGCUCUUUACUUUUAAAUAAACACCACGGUUUUGUGGGCUGUGGAGGAGAUUACGUUCAUCAAAACAUUUGGUUAUCAAGCUGAAACUCAGCAGUGCCAGAAGAGCUUGAAGUGGGAAGACCCAGUAUGGAAGUUAGAAGCCAAUUCAACAAUACGCUUAAAUCAUCUGACUAGUGUUUCGGACAGGGAGAUUCAAAUAAAUCACAUGGCUAAUGGUACAGGCAUUAAAUCUUUAGCAAUACCCUUGCAUAUACGAGAUGUAAUAUCCAUCCCCCUUCACCAGAAAAGCAGACAAAAAUACUAAUAAAACUGUGACUAUUGAUUGGGCUUUGAAAUCUUCUGCUUACUGUAGUGGUGAUACUUACAUUUUAAAUCUGAAGGGGAUUUAGAAGGAGACCUGGAAGUGUCCACUCCAGAAUACCCAGAAUUUACCUAUUGCCUCAAAUAUUGCUGCCUAAGUUGAAAUCUGUUUCAAUGGCCACACCAAUUUAGUGGAAACAAAAUUGAUUAGAGAAACUACAGUCAAGAACUGUGUCCUGCUUUCAUCACCUGUGUUAAUAACUGACAAACAGAGUUCUGUGUGGUCAUAAAAGACAAAAAUACAGCCCUGAAAUUGCUAGAGAGAACAGAAGGGAAGCCAUGAAAAGACAUUAUCUGAAAGGAAGGUUUCUCCUGUAUGCCAGCCUGCUGUAUUUUUCCCGUGCCAUCAGAUCAGCGUAUUGACCACACGUCACUCUUCUCAGAGUUGAAACCUAGAUACCUCUCGCAUUUACUGGCGGAGGCAAAAAUUAACUACUAUAACGAGGCAAGAAAUAUUAAAGAAAUAGCCUACUUGACUUUUGAGAGGUUAAAACCCCUACAUAACAAAUGCAUUUCUUUAAUAUUAGCCCUUUUAAAACAAAAAACACUGCCAUGUUUAGAAAGGAAAAAGGAGCAAACUGAGGGGACUGUUCUUAGGCUGUCAGAUGUAAGCUGCAAGAAGGUAUCAGAAUGGUGCAGUUAAAUCACUGAGAUGGGAAGUAAGAAACUUGGUCUCAUUUUGCCAGGCUUUCUACAUUGCCCUCGGCAUGCCAUUUAGCCUCUCAGUGCCUCAGCUUCUCCAUCAGGGAAAUGGGAAGCAAUAAUAUUUACCUACCUCAGGAGUUGCCGAGAGGCUUAACUUACAUAUGUGUGAAGAAUAACUGUGAUUUCUGAGCAGGAAACCUUGCAGGAGUCUGAAGUAUUUUCUCUUAGUUACCAGUGAAUUCUUCAGUUGUGUCCUCUGAAUCAGUCUAGCUGGAAGAAAUCGAAAAGAUCUUAUUAGAUAUCAACAUGCACAAGAUAAAAUUGUUUCAGUUAUAUCAGCCAUCUGGAAGAGUAAACAGGCCACUUUUAAUUUGGGGGGUGGUGGUGGUAUCUAAAUAUAGCCCAACAGCCAAAAAGUAAAGUUUGUCCAUGUAAAUAUUGUCCAUGAAUAAUGCCUCCUGCCAUACAAAAAAAAAAAAGACCUAGUGCUUUACUUUGCCAUCUGUUUUUAUUACGUCUCUUUUUUCCCUUAAAAUUUAUGUGGUGACAGAGAUAGUUCCUUAUAUCCUAUCACCUGUUGCACUAGUGCUACCUGUAGUUUAAAUGUUACUUAAUAAACCUGUUUUGAAGAGGCUACCUUACU